GAAGUUUCCGUGGUUUCCCUAAAUCAUUGUCCCGAAUGCCAGGAAGGUUUCUUCAACAGGUUGACAGAUGUUUCCUUCUCAAUCCUUGUCCAUACCCAGAAAAUAAUCAGUCCCUAAUUGCCUCGACCCUGACGGGACGUUAAAUUAGAAGCUCCUCCCUUCUAUUUAUGUGUUAAUAUAUUGCACCGAUUUCGAUGACAAAAUGGUCUGUUAGUCAGAAUCUCUUUCUUGUAAUUAACUACUUGACAAUAAGACAGUUGAUAAAAAUGAAAAUAUUCCAAAUACUCGGAAUGACAUUUAAAAAGCUACGGAUAUAGGAACUGAACGAAAAAUUCGUCCACUUUGGAUUACCACAGUCUAACAUUAGACUGUGGGAUACAGUGAUUGGGCACGUUACUGUGGCUGGCACGUUGUUAUUUUUACCUUUGUUUCCUAAACAAAAGAAUGCGACUAAGGAAUGUUAUUCGCAGGGGGAAGAGAGAAUGCUACAUAUAAAACGUUAACUGCGCGAGAGACAGUUUGGUAAAAUGGAAAUUAUAUACGUCUUUAAACAGUGUAGCAGUGUAAACCGUACUGUUCGCAUAGAGAAGAAGUGUUAAAAUGCCAAGAGCAAAAGAAGUAACGGCAGAGGAUGACUCCUUAGACUCUCGUUCACAUGGAACAGACGAAGAAGCGAUCGCGCCACAUCAGUUUCAAGGUUUGAGGAAGACAGAGUACGACACGUUCAAGAAGACAGAGUACGAAUCUUUGCAUCUUUCUCCGGAAAAAUCGGUGAUCAAAGUGCUCUGGGAAAGAGUUAGUGCUGAAAUCGGCCAGAGGAGUAGCCGCACCAUGCAGGCAGGUAUAAAAGGAUCACUGUCCGUGAGAAAAACAUGGUCUCCUCCAGCUACAGCAUACUACGAUGAGUAUCCAACUCCGCGACAGCGACUGCCUUCUGCGGAAGAGAAAUCGAACGCUAAAGUCGUCUGGGACCGCGCCGGCGCUGUGGCUGACCACGACAGCUCCGCCGAUAUUCAGACAGGAUCACAAACUAUAGCCACGGAAGAGGAUGAACCUGAGCACCAGUUAACCGAGUCCGAUCGUGAUAUGGUGCCCUCGAUAGCUGCAAAGGAAUCAACCCAGGUAGUUUGGGACCGUGUCAGCUCUGUGAUUAACCAGGAGGCCGUCGCCAAUACACAGGACGACAAUACUAGCUAUACUGGAAGCAGAGAACAAGUUGCAAUAAAAGAGGAGGAAAGUAAUGCAUCUUUAGAUACAUCUAAUCCUGAGCAUCAGCGACAGCUAGAAGCGGAUAUUGCGACUAGUGAGAAGCAACAAGACGUGGGGACUGAAGACACGAUUAGUUCAAAAACUCCGGACAGCACAAGUGAUUUCACCCCCCGAGGAGAGCAAGAAGACCAGGAGUCUGUGGAAGAAUAUGUAACGAUUUAUGAUGGCCCGAACAAGGAGCAACUGUUAAAUGACUCUCCUCUGCGUGCAGAGCUCGAAGCCGCAACUAAAACACACACAGCUACUUUCAAGACGAAGGAAAUACCUGGCCGUUUAACCAACUACUUAGAAGAGCAAAGAGUUAUGAACGAAGAGAAGAAGAAGAGUCAAUAUUCUCCCUUUAUUAUGGAUUCUCCGCAAAUGCAACAUCCUAUAGAAGAGAUCCAGGAAGAAGUGAAACCACGGCAUAUCCUGCAUGAAGAUGUACCUGUAACAAAAACUGUGGAAUCUCUUUCUCACAUUUCUGACCCCGAAAUGAGUCAAGAUGGCGGUGAGGAAGAGGAGGAGGUGCCUUGUAUAUCUUACAAUGCUCCGAAGGCGGUGCAGCAGGCCGUGGCGGACACGCCGGUGCUGCCGGGAACUAGUCUGCGGGUCACAACGCACAGUAAAAUGGAGGCGCUGCGGAAGGAGUUGGAGGAAAUGGAGGCAUUUGAUGACGACGAAGACACUUGCAUGUACGACGAACAGUCGAUGUCGCUAAAGCGACUGAUGACGAGGGCGGCGGCGGGCGCCCGCACGUACGUGAUGCCCGACCCCGUGCGCGCACGCAUCGACGACGACGCCCUCAUCUACCACGUGCCCAGGUCUCCCGAGGCGCCACGCCGCUUCAGCGACAAGGUCUUCUUCAGGUUCAAGUGAUAUCUGCUGUCAGACUUCGAGCUAUUUAGACCGAGCGAGGAAGCCACAGCUUUUCAGGUGUAAGGAUUCAACGAAAAUAAAUUUCUUUACUCGCCUUAAGAGAGGUUCCAUACUGUUGUUUAGCUGUUUGUGACUAAAAUUUGUGAGUGACGUUUAAAAAUUAUUCGUCCUGCCAUUGAAGCAGUUUUGACUUUCGUAGCUAAAAACAAAAUCAGAAUAUCGUUAUGAGGUUUAAGAAACAUAAGUAUUUUUCCCCUACUUGCACAACAUAAAUAACUGUAAUAAGUUCUUAAAGUUAUUGGAGCAAUAAAGUGUAUUUUUACAGCAAAAGUCUACUGAAUAAAUGUUACUGCUUAUCU